UUAACAUACGAGCAGAGCCCCAAAACCUUAUUAAACCAGCCGUUUCAUGACGAUCUGGUCUUAGUGCUACUCCGCCGUGCCAGUGAAACGGAUAGUUCUCUCAGUGUCAGUGUUUAUUUUCGGAAUGUCACCCAAUCCGUUGCCUUUGCCCUGCCUGGAAAAGGUCCCAGAAAGCUACGAUGACGAGUACGAGCAUCCGCAGGGUCCAGAGUCUAUCAACAAAACGUUGGAAGUAAUCCGCGAGGUGGAUCGUUCGACGGUGGAACAAAACCUGGCUCAGUUGCGUGAUUGGAUUGCAAAACAUCCCCACAUCCGUCAGUGUCGUACGGACGCCCGCUUUCUGUUGCGCUUCUUGCGUGCCAGAAAGCACUCCUUCCUGGCGGCUUCGCAAGUGCUUGAGCGAUAUUUAGCGGCCCGCAUACUGCAUCCAACCUGGUUCCAGCGCUUAGACAUUCGCGAUCCAGAACUGGCGGAUCUCACCGAUAUCGGAUUCCUGUACACUCUGAAGGAACGCGAUCCGGACGGAUGUCUAGUGACAUUGUGCGAUUGGGGACUGAUCGAUCCGAAGCGGUACACCGUCGAUCAUAGCAAUCGGAUGCAUGCGCUGCUGGUUGAGGCGUUCGGUGACGAUCCACUGUUUCAGUGUGCCGGGAUAAUAGUGAUCUUCGAUCUGCAGCACAUACAGCUCGCACAUCACAGUAUAGUGUCGUUGAGUGUAUUGCGGCAGGUAGCACAGUACGUGAACAACGCUAUUCCAAUCCGCUGUAAGGCUAUCCACGCCGUUAACGUACCGUCCGGAGCGCUGUGGAUCGUAAACGGAUUGUUGGGAUUCCUCAACGAGAAGAUUCGCAAUCGUUGCAGUUUGUUCCGCGACUAUGACGAACUGGCGGAAAAGUUCGAUCGAAGCUUGCUGCCGAAGGAACACGGUGGCAAGGAACCGAAAAGCGAGCACAUUCGUGCGUUCCGGGAACGGUGCGAGCGUUACCGUGAGCGGAUGCUGCUGCUGGACGAGAUGGAUAUCGAUCUUGACCACAAUGAACCGUACUCGCGGCACGCUCUGCUGGAUGACAUCGAGGGUGGAGCUGUCGGAAGCUUCCGUAAGCUGGAACUCGACUAAAUAUACCAAUUUACCAUGAUUUUCCCAGCAAAAAGGUUCACAUAUGGAAUGUAUCUAGCGUGCAUCGUACAGCGUACUGCUGGAAAGAUUAAUGUCCAAACUCCCAGGUACGCGGUGAACACUUCCGUCUGUUUAAAAUUAAUCCGUUUAAAAUAACCUACAUUCAUAAUCCCGGCUGGUCGUCCAAUACUGUCUCUCUCUCCCCGCUCAGAAACGGAGCAUUCACAUCCGUAUGCGGGUUUACAUCUCAAUCCAGCGUGUAACCUGCACCCACCAUAAUUAGAAUAUGAUACGACAAAUUAGUGUUUGAGUACGUCCCGCAUUUCGUGCGAACGAAGUGAGACGAGAAAAAGAAAGAUUAAAAGAAGUAACGUAAGCCCCAGCACACAGGGAUUCAAAGCUUUACCGAGCGACCGACGCUACCGCUGUGAAAUGUGAGAAGCUUUAACAAACCUGUUAGCGCCCUAGCCUUGUAGCAUCAGAUCUGGAUCCCUUCUCGUCAAGAGAGACACUUUAAAACAACAGGUUCCUCAUUUUCAUCGCACAACUGUCGCUACCACCACCGUGCGGACACAAGCUUCAACUAAAAGAGCGCUAUAAACCAGCAAGCAAUCGUCACGAGAAACACAUGGUCAGCAGCUUUAAGUAUGCUCUAUACCACAACUGCUGCAUGAAUGGGAACACUAACCACUCACAGAAUACAAUGAAAAAAGGAAACAAAGAAAGAAAAACACCAAUCUGUAAAAAAAAGGGCGCAUAAAAAACUAUUUUGACACACAUAAAAAGGACGACGAUCUAGUUUUGGAUGGAGCGCGGUUUUGUAACGGCAAACAGAAGAGCAAAAAAAUACAAUCUCUUAAGAACGUUACACCGAAACAAGGACACUAAAUCAGCGCAAGGAUAUAAAGUAGAACGUUGUGAUGAUGAUUGUGGUCUUAAAAUAAAGUAACGUGUACUAACAGCCGAAACUGGCACACACAACACACGAAUCGCGUGUUGGAGCAAGGCAUGGGAUGAAGGACAGUAGAAGUGGACACUUUAAACAUGAAAAUUCCUCGAAAUCUGGAUAAAUA